UAUGGACUUAGAAGAAUCAAUUGAGAAUUUCAAAGACUGUUUUAGGAAAUUAGUAAAAGAGAAAGACGAGACUUGCCAUUAUGAAAAAUAUCGUUUUGAAUUAGUGAAAAACGUUUUCCCGCAAGCAUUUUUGACAGAAGAGGAAAAAGAAAAUAAUAUUUUUGUAUUGGUAUUCUCGGAAAAAACUGAAAAAAUUGACGAUGUAAAAGUUAACAUAAUACAAGAUGAUGGCGAUGAUAAUUCUCCAUUACGUAUGGCAAAAUUCAAAGCUGAAAAUUCAAACGACUGCAAAAAAAUUCUCGAUUUCAAAUAUGAGCCAAUAUCUCAUGGAGAGGCAAGGAGACUUAUCUCUCUCUUUGCUAUGGCUGAUAUCAAAGAAAAUUGUUAUUUUUGUGUGGCUGUCGAUCCGCAAAGUGAUAGUCAGCAUCGUUCCCUAUUGGCUUUGAAAUGUAAUGAGCUACAAGAGAAGCGAUCAGUAAGAGUCUCCGUAACAGGACCUCUCCCUGUCAGCGAAGUUACCAAUUGCCAUCUUAUUUCUAAAUUCUGGAACAGCUUUAAGGGUAAAAAAUUUUCUUGUUGGGCAUCUUUCGAUAUAUUAGAUGGUGAAUGUGCUGAGAGUAUGCUCACUGUUGAAGCUUCUUGGGUUGGUCUUGUUCCAGUUUUAUCGUGUCCUAAGAAUGCUAAAGUUAUUGUGGAAGUAAAACCUGUCAUCAAUAAACCAGCCAGUCGUCUUUAUAAACUAUAUAAGGAAAUUGAAAUAUUGAAGGAUCUUGUCAACGGUUUGAAAACUAAGUUAAUUAAAUGGAACACAAAUUCCGUAUCGGACUUAACCAUCACCGAACGGCUGGAAGACCUCCUAAAACGCUAUUCAAAAGAUAAAGUUCCCAUUCGAAUAGAAAGAGAAUCUAGAAACAAUAAAGCAGAUGCUGAUAAUUUGUUUGUUAUUGAUGACAGGCAGGAUUUGGAUAUUUGCGAUGAAUUAUGGCUUAUUCUGAAAGAUUGCACGUGUAUGAAUGAUCUUAAACAAUCCUUUUCAAGGAUUUUUGAUGCUUUGGAAAGAGAAAGAAUUCAACCUCACGUUUGGAAGAGAAAUUCGUCAAGAUUAGCACAAAUGAUCAGAGAUUCUUAUGAAAAUAACUUUUCAUAUGCUGAAACCCAACAUAACUUUGAUCUCAUUAGGAUGCUUAUAGAGAUUGGUCUAGAAAAACUAAAUCGAGAUUAUAUAGUUAUUCUAAUCGGUAAACACUUAACGGCGGAUAUCUAUUUGGAACCUUUUGUCAAGAAAAGUGGAAGCUAUGAAAACCGAAUUGAAAGGCUGUUUAAGCUACACGCAACUCUUCAAAUUGUCAUUCUUUUUGAACAAUGGCUGGAAGCUUCUCCAGACGUUCUCUCAACUGUCACCAACAAAUUACUUAAACAAUAUGAAAAAGAAAAGUUUGAUCCAACUAGAGCCUUUAGAUUGGGUAUGUCCCUGAGUGGGCUACAGUUAAAUUGUAAACCAGUUGUUUGGAAGGCUUCUUGUGAGGAUUCGCUUACUCACUCUGUCUUAUAUGUUUCUCUUCGAGAACCGUCCAAGGCAACAGAAGAAAUUCAAGCAAAAGCAGCUUAUGACUUGAUUGAACGUCUUCUACCCGAAAGGGCUAAUGAAUUUGAAGUUAUAAUAGAUAAGUCAAUAGGAGAAUUAGAUAAGGACUCCUUCCAGUAUGAAACAGUGAACGGCAAAUUACAAAUAAAAGGGACUAGUGGAGUAGCAGCUACAUGGGGAUUUCAUUUUUUUUUAAAGCAAAAUUGCAGUUGUCAUAUGUCUUGGGGAGGAGAUCAAUUAAAUGUUCCCAACCCUUUACCUGCUAUUACAAAAGCUGUGAAAGUUACAUCAGCUGAUCGAUUUCGUUAUUAUCAAAACGUAUGUACAGUUAGCUACUCUUUCGUUUGGUAUGAUUGGAAAAGAUGGGAAAGAGAAAUCGACUGGAUGUCACUAAACGGAAUUAACUUUCCGCUGGCUUUCAAUGGCCAAGAGGAAAUAUGGAAUAGGGUUUAUUUAAAAAUGGGUCUAACACAAGACGAAAUCGAUAAGCAUUUCGGAGGACCGGCGUUUUUAGCUUGGUCCAGAAUGGGAAACAUGAAAGGAUGGGGUGGUCCUUUAUCUAGACAGUGGCACGCUACUCAGGUAUCCCUUCAACAUCGCAUUCUUAACCGAAUGAGAAGUUUAGGUAUGAUACCUAUUCUACCCGCCUUCGCCGGUCACGUUCCAGAUUCUUUUACAAGGAUUUAUCCACAUGCUAACGUCUCAAAAUUAUCGGAUUGGGGUGGCUUUGACUCGAAAUAUUGUUGCGUAUCGUUACUUGAACCGAAAGAUCCUUUAUUCAUUAAAGUAGGACAAAUGUUUUUAAACGAGUAUAUUAGAGAAUUUGGAACUGACCAUGUCUACAAUACAGACACCUUUAAUGAAAUGACUCCUAGAUCUGGUGAUUCUGCCUAUUUGAGAUCUGCAGGAAAAGCAGUUUUCAACGCAAUGACCAUUGCCGAUCCUCAAGCUAUAUGGGUAAUGCAAGGUUGGUUAUUUAUUAGUGGAUGGUGGACCAAUACUCGAGCGGAAGCACUCUUAACUUCGAUACCUCAGGGAAAAAUGAUUGUUCUUGAUCUCCAAUCUGAAAUUACUCCUCAAUUCUCUCGCCUUAAGUCCUAUUAUGGUCAACCUUAUAUAUGGUGCAUGCUCCACGAUUUCGGCGGAACCGUAUCGAUGUAUGGUGCCAUUGAAAAUAUCAAUAAAGGUCCACAUAACGCAAGGGCAAUGCCAGGCAGCACUAUGAUAGGAACUGGCUUAACGCCAGAAGGUAUCUUUCAAAAUGAUGUUAUCUAUGAGUUUAUGAACGAGAAUAGUUGGAGAACAUCCCCAAGGAAUAUUACUAAAUGGAUUACAAAUUAUGCAAUCAGACGAUACGGAAAGGAAAACAGAAAUAUUGAUAAAGCCUGGCAAAUUUUAAAGAGGUCAGUUUAUAAUUGCUCCGACAAUCAAAAACAUCAUAAUAAAGUUGUUGUUGUUCAUCGACCAAAUAAACAUAUUAAGGAAAAAAGAUCUAUCUAUAACGCUACUGGAGGAAAAGGUUUAGAUGUUUUUUUCAUUCGUCGGCCAUCCUUAGACAUCGUUGAAACUUUAUGGUAUAAACCAGAAGAUGUUUAUCAAGCAUGGGAUUUGUUUGUACAAGAAUCCUCAAAUUAUGAAAAUAACAACUUAUUUCGUUACGAUCUGGUGGACGUAACACGGCAAUCUCUUCAGUUGAUAGCUUUAGAUUCAUACACAAAAUUAAUUAAAGCUUUCAAUUCUAAAGAUAAAGAAAAGACUAGAACUUAUGGAAAUUGUUUGGUUUCGCUAUUAAUGAACAUGGACCAGCUCUUAGCUUCAGAUAGUCACUUCUUACUGGGUAAAUGGUUAGCCUCCGCUAAAAGAGCCGCAACAAAUGAUUUUGACCGAAAAUUGUUCGAAUAUAAUGCAAGAAAUCAAAUAACUCUUUGGGGACCUAAAGGAGAGAUUCUCGAUUACGCUAGUAAACAAUGGGCCGGUUUAAUCAAAGACUACUACCUACCAAGAUGGCAACUAUUCGUUUAUCAAUUAAUGCAAUCUCUUGAGCAAAGUAAAGCAUUCGAUCAGAAUCUAUUCAAUUCUCAAGUUUUCAAGGAAGUGGAAGAACCUUUUACAAAAUCAACAUCCGUCUAUCCAGAGACCGUUACGGGUAAUGCUUAUGCUAUUGUGAAAAACUUGCAUAGUUUAUAUCGCCCGACAACUAAUCCUGUACCCGUUGUUGACAAGCUUAAUCCAAGGAAAUAUGUCGGAUUUAAAGAAAUGCUACAGAAGGCAUCGGACUUUAGUAAUGACGUUUAUAUAUCACAUAAGAACUUAUAG